GACGGUGUGUGGGGGUGUGUUUACACGACCGUACGUGCGUGUGUGUGUGUGAGUGUGUCAGAGUGUGUCAGAGUGUGUAAGUGCGCACUAAAGGGAAAGGACUUAAAGCAGCGAUUUUUUUCACUUUGUAUUGAAAAGAGGACAGCAUUAAGAUGUGCGGGAUUUUCGCCUACCUGAACUACAGAGUUCCCCGGACGAGGAAGGAGAUCUUUGAGACGCUAGUGAAGGGAUUGCAGAGGCUGGAGUACAGGGGUUAUGACUCUGCAGGUAUUGCGGUGGAUGGUACUGGGAAACAUGACAGAGAAACCAUUUGCCUGUUUAAGAAGAAGGGAAAAGUGAAAGCGCUGGAUGAGGAGCUGUACAAGAAUGACUCGAUUGAUUUGGAAAUGGAAUUGGACACACACUUUGGCAUCGCACACACUCGCUGGGCGACACACGGGGAACCCAGUCCUGUCAACAGUCACCCUCAUCGCUCUGACAAGAACAACGAGUUUGUGGUGAUCCACAACGGCAUUAUCACCAACUACAAAGAACUGAAGAAGUAUCUGAUGUCCAAAGGCUACGAGUUUGAGUCAGAGACAGACACUGAAGUUAUCCCCAAGCUGAUCAAGUAUCUUUAUGACAACCGUGAGAGCGAUAAUGUGUCCUUCUCUACUCUGGUGGAGCGUGUCAUCCAGCAGCUGGAGGGUGCAUUCGCUCUCGUGUUCAAGAGUGUUCACUUCCCAGGAGAGGCCGUCGUCACCAGGAGAGGAAGUCCUCUGCUUAUUGGGAUCCGGAGUCAGUACAAACUCUCCACUGAGCAGAUUCCCAUUCAGUACUACGGAGGAUCAAGAAAUGUUCAGAAUAAGAACUUCAUCAACAAGGUGGAUAAGAGCAAUGCCCUGCACUCCGUGAAUGACAGGAUGGCUGUGGAGUUUUACUUCGCCUCUGAUGCCAGUGCCAUCAUUGAACACACCAAUAAGGUGAUCUACCUGGAGGAUGAUGACAUAGCGGCUGUGGCAGAGGGGAAGCUGUCUCUGCACCGCAUGAACCGUAGCGCUGGAGAGGACCCUGUCCGAGUCAUCCAGACCUUGCAGAUGGAGCUACAGCAGAUUAUGAAAGGCAACUACAAAGCCUUCAUGCAGAAGGAAAUCUUCGAGCAGCCAGAAUCUGUCUUCAACACCAUGAGAGGUCGGAUCUGCUUCGACUCAAACACAGUGGUGCUCGGUGGAUUAAAGGAUCAUCUGAAGGAGAUCAAGAGAUGUCGCCGCCUCAUUAUAAUCGGCUGUGGCACCAGCUUUCACGCAGGAGUCGCAACGCGCCAGAUCCUGGAGGAACUAACAGAGCUUCCAGUCAUGGUGGAGCUGGCCAGCGACUUCCUGGAUCGUACAACUCCGGUCUACAGGGAUGACGUUUGCUUUUUUAUCAGCCAAUCAGGUGAGACAGCUGACACUCUGAUGGCUCUGCGCUACUGUAAGCAGAACGGCGCUCUGACCGUUGGCGUCACCAACACAGUGGGCAGCUCCAUUUCCAGAGAUACCGACUGCGGAGUCCAUAUCAACGCCGGCCCUGAGAUUGGCGUAGCCAGCACCAAGGCCUACACCAGUCAGUUUGUGUCUCUGGUCAUGUUCGGUCUGAUGAUGAGUCAGGACAGGCUCUCUCUGCAGAACAGGAGGCAAGAGAUCAUCGAAGGACUUCGAAAACUGCCAGAUAUGAUCAAAGAGGUUUUGGCUGCUGAUGAUGAGAUCAAGAGUAUCGCGGACGAGCUGUUCGAGCAGAGGUCUCUGUUAGUUAUGGGCCGUGGCUACAACUAUGCCACCUGCCUGGAGGGGGCGCUGAAAAUUAAAGAGAUCACGUACAUGCACUCAGAAGGCAUUCUGGCUGGAGAGCUGAAGCACGGCCCCUUGGCUCUGAUCGACUACCACAUGCCUGUCAUCAUGGUGAUCAUGAGAGAUAGCUGCUAUACCAAGUGUCACAACGCCCUGCAGCAGGUCAUAGCUAGACAGGGUCGCCCCAUCAUCCUGUGCUGCAAGGACGAUGCAGAGAGUCGUAAACUGGCGUAUAAGACCGUCGAGCUGCCGCACACAGUCGACUGCCUGCAGGGGAUCCUGUGCGUCAUCCCCAUGCAGCUCAUGUCCUUCCACCUGGCGGUACUCCGGGGAUAUGAUGUGGACUGCCCAAGGAACCUGGCCAAAUCUGUGACAGUGGAGUAACCCAUAAUAAGGAAAAAACAUGUGUCCUUGUAGCAUUGAGGACAAUCUCCCCUCCUAGUGCAAUUCCAAGUGUGGGUGUUUACGUGUGAGAUUAUGUGUGUAAGCGUGCAUGUAUGUGUGUGUGUGUGUGUGUGUGUGUGUGUGUGUUUGUGUGUGUGAACUUGUACAUAUUUAUAAACUAUGACCAAUGAACCAAUGUGACGGUGGUCCGGUUAUGUGCAUUCGAUCACCUUUCUUUCUGUCAGUGCCUAAAGUAAAGGGAGCCCAAAACUGUGCCUUAAAACCUCUGUGCUCUGGAGAACAUACUGUGCUUUCCAGAGAUACACAGCCAGGUGGAAUGUUUUCUUCUUUCCUACCAGUGUGCAAUACUUAUAAGCUAACGGGACCCAAAACAACCUUCGUAGGGGUCGAGUGGGUAAAGGGGAGCCAAACGAGAUGAGAUGAAAGGAGAUGAGAGGAGUUUUUUUUGCUGAGAAUGAAGUGAAAGCUUAACCGUUGACAACAGCACAGAAAAACACUGUAAAGCCACCCGCCCAUAAUUCAUCUCAUUUUACACCUUUAUUAGUAUUUGUUCAUGGUCAAAACAAUUUUGUUAAAAUUUUUAUGUUUAAAUAACAUGAUAUUACUUACAUACGGGAUAAUAUUGGGUCAUUACAUACACUUUUCAAUGAGGAUUUUUUUUUUUUUUUUUUUUUACAUGAUUUAAGUGAUCUCAUCUAUUUAUAUUGUGUAGAAAUAGAUAACUUAUUUUAUACUUUCUGAGGCCGAGCUUGAUCACCAGCUUCCGUUGUCCCUGGUCAGUCUUAUGUCAUUCUUUCUUAUAUGCUACUUCUAUUCAUGUUUAUAUUCAUAAAUGCAAAUCAGUUUUAUUAUACCUUUUUUUUUAUUUGGGUUUUAGGAUUUUUUUUUUCUGCAUAUAAAGAUCAAUCAUUUGGAAACAUUUAGUAUUUUUUCUUACUGUGAUUACUUAAAUGUGUAAUAAAACAAAUGAAUAAAUCAUA